AUGGAAAUGAUCACUGAGCAAAGGAGCCAGACCUUGUUUCUCUUCUUGGGGUUUUUGUUCUGCCGGGUGCUUUCCGAGCACAUCAGUUACUCAAUUCCCGAGGAGAUGGCGAAAGGAUCGAUGGUGGGGAACAUCGCCAAGGAUCUGGGCUUGGAGAUUGGGGACUUGCCGACUCGGAAGCUCCGGGUGAGUGCAGAGAGGGAAUACUUUAGUGUGAGCGAUGAAAGCGGGAACUUGCUGGUCAGCGACAGAGUAGACCGGGAGGAGAUCUGCGGGAGGAAGCUUGUGUGUGCUCUGGAAUUUGAAAUGGUGGCUGAAAACCCUUUGAAUUUUUACAGUAUAACUGUGGAGAUAGAGGAUAUUAAUGACAAUCCUCCGCGAUUCAGUAGAAGUAUAAUUGACUUGGAAAUCAGCGAGAUAGCGCUGCCUGGAGUAACGUUUACACUGGAAUCUCCUCAGGAUCCAGACGUAGGUGUGAAUUCGCUACAGCAGUAUUUUCUAAGUCCCGAUCCCCAUUUCUUGUUACUGCCAAAGGAAAAUCCGGAUGGCAGUAAAUAUGCAGAAUUAGUAUUGGAAAAGCCUCUGGACAGGGAAAAAAAGAGUUCCUAUAGCUUGAUCCUGACGGCUGUCGACAGUGGGAUUCCAGUUCGAAGUGGCACAGUAGAAAUCCGUAUCAAUGUCACAGAUGCCAAUGAUAACUGGCCCGUCUUCAGCCAGGAAAUCUACAGGGUCAGUCUGCAAGAGAGCUUGCCCCCCGGGUCCUCUGUGCUUCAAGUGACCGCCACGGACCAGGACGAAGGGAACAAUGCGGAAAUUACUUACUCUCUCGGCACAGUAGAGACACUGAAACACCUGUUCAAACUGGAUAGUAGAAGUGGGGAACUAACAACUAAAGGAAUACUCGAUUUUGAAAAAGGAGAGAGCUACACUCUUGGAGUAGAAGCAAAGGAUGGAGGAGGUCAUACUGCUUACAGUAAAAUUCAAAUAGAAAUUCUAGAUGAGAAUGACAAUGCUCCUGAGGUGACUUUUGCCUCAGUAUCCAAUCAUAUACCUGAAAACUCUCUGCCUGGAACUGUAGUAGCCCUAAUUAAAACAGUGGACCAAGAUUCCGGUAUAAAUGGAGAAAUAUUCUGUCGUGUAAGAGAUAAUGUCCCUUUUAAAAUAUCUUCUUCCACCAACAACUUGUAUAAAUUAGUUACAGAUGGUGUCUUGGACCGUGAAGAGAUCUCGGAGUAUAACAUUACUAUAAUGGCCACAGACAAGGGAAAUCCACCUUUGACCACUAGCAAAAUUCUCACCCUGCACAUUACAGAUGUCAAUGACAAUCACCCAGUUUUCCUCCAAUCUUCCUAUGUAGUUUAUGUCCCCGAGAACAACCCCUCCGGAACCUCUAUCGCCUGUGUCUCAGCCACUGACUUGGACCUGGAGGGGAACGGCAGAGUGUCCUAUUCUAUCAGCAGCAGCGACCUGGAACCACUGCAGCUUUCUUCCUAUGUUUCUGUCAAUAGUCAUACUGGGCACAUCUUUGCUCAACGCUCUUUCGACUAUGAGCAGGUCCGCACCUUCGAGUUGACUGUACAGGCCCAGGAUGCCGGCUCUCCCUCUCUCAAUGCCAAUGUCACAAUGCAAGUGUUCAUCAUAGACAGCAAUGACAAUGCUCCAAAUAUCCUCUACCCUGCUCUGGGGCCAGACAGAUCUGCCCUCUUCGACAUGGUCCCUCGAUCAGCUAAUCCAGGCUAUCUGGUCACCAAGGUAGUCGCUGUAGACGCUGACUCUGGGCACAAUGCCUGGCUGGCCUAUCGCGUGCUGCAGGCCACAGAUCAGGGACUCUUCAGCCUAGGGCUUCGCACGGGUGAGGUCAAGACUGCAAGGGCUUUAGCUGAAAGAGACGUUUCCCGGCACCGUCUUCUGGUGUCUGUGCAGGACGGAGGCCAGCCCCCUCUGUCAGCCACGGUGGUUCUACAUCUGGUCUUUGCUGACAGCCUACAAGAGGCACUGCCGGAGAUGGAGGAGGAUCUUCCAUCUGCCCCAGAAUCUCAAUCUGAGUUACAAUUUUACUUAGUUGUAGCUUUGGCUCUCAUCUCCGUGCUGUUCCUCAUCACCAUUACUCUAGCCAUUGCCCUUCGGUUAAGAAGGUCAUCAAAUCCUCCAAUACUGAGCUGUUUUCUAGUGGAUCUUUGUUCUAAGUCGGGCUCCAAUGUCCCCACAAACUACAGUGAGGGGACUUUACCAUAUUCUUACAAUUUGUGUGCAGCUUCAGAAGUGGGAAAAAUGGAAUAUAAUUUUCUUAAACUGACUGGGGAAGUGCCUCCCCUGCAAGAUUUACUCUUUAAUGAUCCCUCCUUGGUCUUAAGUACCAGCGAUGAAAACAAAAAGGUCAUCUCUGACUUGGUUAUCUCUUCUCACGUGAGUUUCUUCAUUCACUUUUAUUUUAAUGUUAAUAUUUCACUUUAA